AUGGCAACAAUUUCUGUUCAACGACACAUGCUCAUUUUUCAUGGACAUUUUCUACGAAUCUCUUGGAUGCGUAUUGUUCUACAUAAUUUACCACUUCUUCUUUGUCUUAUUUAUCCUAUGAUGUUUUAUUUUUUUGCUAUUAUUCUUUAUCCAUGUGAUGGCACACAAUGGGAUUACACUAGUAAUUUGUGUGGUUUUGCUGAUUGUUAUCUUCUUUUUAACAAAAUACUCGGCACAUUUGAUUGGUCAUUCAACAAUGGAUUACCUAUGGUUGUAAAUGCAUUAGCCAAUAUAGCUUUAAUUGUACGAGUAGUUCGACAAAAGCGUCGUUUUCAACACGCAUUGACAUGGCGACAACAUCGGCGUAUGACAGUGCAAUUACUUGCGAUUUCGAGUCUGUAUAUCAUUGCUUGGGCACCAUCUCUUAUUGUAGGACUUGUACAAAUACUUGGCUAUCCAACAUUUCUUGCACAAAUUCAAACAGAUUUCUUUCUCGAUCUCAUCUAUAUUGUAUGUCUUUUUCUUCCAUGGGUAUAUCUAAGUUUGCUUCCGGAAUUAAUCAAAUGGAUCAAAGAAUUGUUUCGUUAUGGACAAGGACGUAAUUUAGUUGGACCAACACGAACUAUUCAAUUGGAAACAAGAUUAUGA